CCUCCCAGGCGCUGAGUCCCUGCAGCUGCAGCAUCCAGCCACCGACCCAGCUCCUGCUGACCACGAUGUCAGAAAAACCGAAGGUGUAUCAAGGUGUCCGAGUGAAGAUCACAGUGAAGGAGCUGCUGCAGCAAAGACGGGCACAUCAGGCGGCCUCCGGGGGAACGCGGUCCGGAGGCAGCAGUGUCCGCCUUUCAGAACCAGUUGCACCAUCUUCUGCAGGACUGUAUUUUGAGCCUGAACCAAUUUCUUCCACGCCCAAUUAUUUUCAACGGGGAGAAUUUUCCAGUUGUGUUUCAUGUGAAGAAAACUCAAGCUGCCUUGACCAGAUCUUUGAUUCCUACCUUCAGACAGAGAUGCACCCAGAGCCUUUGCUCAAUUCCACACAAAGUGCUCCACACCAUUUCCCAGACGGCUUCCAGGCCACCCCUUUCUGCUUUAACCAGAGCCUGAUCCCAGGAUCACCUUCAAAUUCCUCCAUUCUCUCUGGCUCCUUAGACUACAGUUACUCACCAGUGCAGCUGCCUUCAUAUGCUCCAGAGAAUUACAAUUCCCCUGCUUCUCUGGACACCAGAACCUGUGGCUACCCCCCAGAGGACCAUUCCUACCACCACUUGUCCUCACACGCCCAGUACAGCUGCUUCUCCCCAGCCACCACCUCCAUCUGCUACUGCGCAUCAUGUGAGGCCGAGGACUUGGAUGCUUUCCAGGCGGCAGAGUACUUCUACCCGAGCACAGACUGUGUGGACUUUGCCCCCUCAGCAGCCGCCACCAGUGAUUUCUAUAAGAGGGAAACAAACUGUGACAUCUGCUAUAGUUAAUAGAAAUUACAGUAAUUCAGAACAUGGCAUGGGUAUAUCUAUUUUUCUACCACGUCUAGAUGACACUGCAAAAUAUGCAACUUGGUAACACAAUAUCCCAAGCACAGUUUACAUGUCACUAUUUCCAAUUUUCUGAUGCUAGGCAUUCGUAUGAAGUCCUCAAACCCAGUCACAGUGCCACUCCUACUUUGUAUGCUCAUAGUUUAAAUUUUUGUAGGAAACUUUCAAUUGUUUUACUUUUUGUGUAAAGAACAAAUGCUCUCUCCUUUUUUACUAAUAAAUAAUUUUGUAUUACUAA